AGAGGAUAGACUGAAAACUUACGUAGCUCACGGGACGCACUGGAGCUCACGAGAUGAUGUCUUCAGCCUGCUCGUGUGCUUCGUUGGCGGUCGUAGCGAUAGCAUGCGUCGUCUUGCCCGGCGAUGGCUUUGUUGCGAGAUCGCCAGCACCGCUCAUGAGGCAAGCCUCCCGGCACGUGCCAGCCGGGCGAAGUAGAUUAACGACAGCCGCCGCAUCGGGCCGAAGAACGACGAAGAUGGCUGGCGAUCUCGAUGAAACGAAAGGAGUCACCGUGGACCUAGCGGAAUACAAGGGUGGGGCGGUUACUGUGCGGGUGCCGCUCAUCGAGAUCACCGAAGCGCAGGUGGAGGCGGCCUUGCAGAAGUCGAAAAAGCCGUACAAGCUUAUCCCGGUCCGGUUCGUCGAGGAGGGGGGUACGAAGAUGGGCCACACGGUCAUCAUGAACUGGGACGCCAAGGUCGACGGCCGGCCCGUCCCUGGCGCUAAGAAGGAGAACUUCGAGCUAGAAUUCAAGGAGGGACACCCCGAGCCGUGGGCAACGUUUGCGACGAAAAUGGCCGUCGGUAUGGGACAAAUGGAGACCAAGGUCUUCCCGGCAACCUUCCCGGAAGACUUCGAGAUCGAGGGCUUGAGGGGCAAGCAGGCGUUGGUCCAGGCUGUGGUGAAGAACAUCGCCAGGAAGGAGGUCAAGGAACCCGAGACCAGGAGCGACGACGAGGUCAGGGCCGCUCUGCGGGUGAAGGGGGAGCAGACCGUGAAGAACCGCACCGACAAGGCCGUGGACGAGGCUGUGAAGAAGUUCCUCCUGAGUUCUUGCAACGUCAACGCCGAUAAGGUCUUGAACGCUGUGUCGUGGGCGAAGUUCGGGGAGCAAUCGACACUAGACUUCAAGUGGAACUGUAUCAAGGAGAAGAUCGCUGUUGCUGAGGGCAUCGAGCCUCGCGCAGUGGUGGAGUUCCUGCGAGAUGAAGCCGAAGUGAUUCUCAUGGAGAAGUAAAGCCAAGCACUUUUUGCAAACGAUACACAGGGUCGUAUUGCGUGCCGCUUCCUCUUCGCUACUAUUCUCGGAAUUGGAGCCCACCUUUUUUGUGCACUCCAAAGGCCUCCUGUGUCACCCACGAGGAUUGUUCGUUCUGGCAUUCUCCCAAACGGCUUGUUUCUUGAGAUGGCAUCGUUUUGGCACCCGGCGAACACCUCGUUUGCGGGGGGGGUGCUGCUAUGGAUUUCGGUAGUACGCGUAGACCCUGUCCGGUUUAGAAAGUCAUGACACGCGGCAUUGUAGAGUGGUCGAGAGGUCUCGUCAGCUCCUACGGAGGAGGACAAUUUUGAGUGUUUUGGACCGAGCCCUAGCUGAUCCAGCUGGGAUUUUGAUCUGUAUGUUCUCGGUACCUCAUAGAAGAAGAAGAAAAAGAGCAGAUGG